CCGUAACUUCCUUGUUUACUAGCGGCCAAUAUGGCGGCGCCCACAAAACCGACAGCGCGGGACACGCUCAGCGUAGAAAUCAAGCUGUAUUCUUCAUGAGAAGUCUGCCGGUUAAAUACGCUUAAACACCGAUCAGAUGGAGCCGGAGCCAAUUCACGGGAAAGCAUAAGACAAUUGAUGCUUUUCGGGUCGUUAGCAGGCUGCGCCCCAGACAUGAGGUGUGUGAAGGCGCUGCAGCUCACCCUUGCGGUGGUCAAACCAGAUGCUGUGGCCCAUCCGCUCAUUCUGGAGGCUCUUCAUCAGAAGAUUCUCCAAAACUUCCUUAUAGUCAGAAAGAAGGAUCUGAUGUGGAGGACAGAAGAGUCAGAAAGGUUUUACGCUGAGCAUGCAGGACGUUUUUUCUAUCAAAGACUGGUUGAAUUCAUGUCAAGUGGCCCAAUGAGAGCAUACGUCCUAGCCAGGGAAGAUGCUAUCACUCACUGGAGGGGGAUGAUGGGUCCCACAAAAGUGUUUAGAGCUCGCUUCACUGCCCCGGACUCCCUGCGUGGCCAGUAUGGGCUGACAGACACCAGAAACACUACUCAUGGUUCAGAUUCUGUGCAAUCUGCCAAGAGAGAGAUUGUUUUCUUUCCAGAAUUCAACGCAGAUGAGUGGAUGUUAAGAGAAGAGCCACGUUUUAGAUUGGGUCUUACUGAAUAUAAUGAGGAGAGACAAAUUCAUACGCUCCAAGACAUGUAAUGGUCAUGAUGGUGGUCGGCUGGUGCUUUUACAGUGCUACAGUAAAUGUGAACGUUCACCAGAUGUUUCAGCAGUUGACAUUUUCUCUGCAUUACCAUGUUACUUUUUGUGACCACAAUAUAUUUCUACCACAGCUCUGCCAACACCGUUAUAUUAAUUUGUAUGUAUUUAUUUGUAUGUAUAAAUUAAUGUUUGUAUUGGAUGUCAAUAAACUCUGUAACUCUAAAUACAGUUCUUUUUAAGUUUACACUGUA